CCCCCCCACCCCCCCCCCCCCCGCUCUCACCCCCCCCCCCCCCCACCCACCCACCCCCCCCCCCCCCUCCCUCCCCCCCCCCCUCUCUCCUCCCCCCGCGAAUACGCAUACUUCCGUGAUGCAGGCGGCGACACGCAAAUCCGCCGGCCAUCUGCCGCUCCAACUGGAGGCGGAGCCUGGUAGCCCGGGCGCCGCGCCGCCGCAAACCCCCCAUCGUCCGGGCUUCGGACCGGCAGCUCGUGGCCCCUUUUCCGGAGCCACCCCGAGCCGCUUCGUCAAUGCCGCUGAGCUUGGCAACACGCUGACCAUGUACACGGAGAUGCCCCAGGAUGAGGUGGCACUGGAUGAGUUCUACGACUACUGCAUGCGCCGGCAGAGGCUUCUCCAAGAGAUCGAUAACGCCGGUGUCCGGCACCCGCCGCAGUCCUCCGGCUUCAAAUCGUGCAUUCGGGCGGCCCUGACCGCCGCCCGAUUCAACAUCACGCCGCUAAACACAUCAAGCGUCCUGCGCAAUGAUGACACCCUGAUGGAGGCCAUCCGCGCGGACCGGAUCUCGCACUGGGGCCUGCGCUUGGGCUAUGUCACCAACGAUGAGAAGCUGACCUGGCUCCUGGAAAAGGAGGCUCUCCUCUUCAACUUCCGUUUUGAGGAGCUCCCUGACAAGAUGGCCUUCCUGCGGGAUAACGAGUUCAAUUUCGAAGUGGUCAGCAAGGCUGAGCGGCAGCUCUUGGCCUCGCACCUGGCCGCCUACUCCGUCAAGGAGGAAACUCCCGUUUUCAAGGUUCCCUUCGAGCGCGUCCCGGGGCUGGUCGGCUCGCGCAUGGUGGCCGUACAGGCGGGCAUUGCCUUUGUUCCAAUCAACAUGAUUGGUGAUCUGGCGGGCUUUGAGUUCCGCCAGCGCCUGCGUGCCUCGCUGCUGGCCGUGCGCCUUGCACUGCCAAGCAUGGAGGAUGACGUGCGUGCGGUGGCCAUCGUUCGCCAGAUUGUCGACGGGGCGACCGCCGCCUCGGAUGCAGCGGCCAACUGGUCGGCCGACAUGCUGAUCCGCGCAAACCAAGUGGAUUCGCUUGCGAACCACUUCCCGCCGUGCAUGCGGGAAAUGCACCGCCACCUGAACACCGUGCACCACAUGAAACACACAGGCCGUCGGCAGUUUGGUCUUUUCCUGAAGGGCCUCGGCGUUCCGAUGGAAGAGUCACUGGCAUAUUGGAAGCGGGCCUUCGGGCCGAAGAUUGCGCCAGAUGCCUUUGACCGAAACUACGCCUACAACAUCCGGUAUGAUUAUGGACGCGAGGGCUCGCGCACGCAGGCUCGGCCCUUCGGCUGCCGCAGCAUCAUUCUCGGGGAUCCGCCAGCGCGCGGGUCUGGCCCGCAUGCCAUUGAGCAGCAUGGCUGUCCCCUGCGGCAAUCCAAGGAGCCGGAGCUCCGGCGCCUGGCGCAGAGCUACCAUCUGCGCGAUGCCGAAAUGCCAUCCCUGCUAGCUGAAGUCCAGGGGAGCCACUAUCAGUUUGCGUGCGGUCGACUGCUGCGAUCGAUGCGGCAGUCGCGUGCCCAGGCCACCAAGGCCCCGGGCACUGAGGCUCCACCGCCGGUGGACGACGACAUUCGGCCUAUCAGCCACCCGAACGAGUUUGCCUCCAUUUCAAUGGGUAUCAACCGAUCCAGUGGAGCGGCGCGCUUCUUCGCUUCGGCGCGCUUCCGCGAGGGGGCUGUCGGCGCCGAUGGCGCUGCUCGCCAGGACGACGCCGGGGCCCAUUCCAAACGACACCAGACGGAGUCCGCUGCUCCGCCGGCUGCUGCAAGCAAUGUCAGCAUGGCGGACUUGGCCGAUCUGGACCUGUGAUCCGACUGCUCAGCAAGAACGCGACUCAGGUCGAAGAGACACACACACACACACGUUGCUUGAUGCUCCUCACGAGACCGAUUUUCAUGGCAUCCUGGCAAAUGUACAUCCCUAUACGCUUCGUCGGA